AGUGUAAUAUGCAUCGGGACUGGCGCCAAGGGGACCUGGGAGAGCCUGAUGGCGCACGGACGCGGUCUGGCCCAAGGAGCGCCCGGAGGGGUGGUCAGAGAGACAAAGCCAAAACUCUACGAUAACCUUUCCCCCCUUUGCUCAAGCCCGCCGUUUGUGAAGGGCCAAUGGCCGUUAGCUAGCAGUGCUACCAGACUUGGCCAGAGGGAUCGUCGUGAUGUGCAGAUGGGGGCAUGGGAGCGCUAG